GCCGCCGAGCUGCGCCAGCCGCACCAGGCCGCGCUGCACCACGGCGUCGGGCGCAGCGACGUGCCGCGCCGCAUGCGCAGCCUCGGCGACGAGCUGCUCGACCAGGCCGAGGGCGACGAUGCGAGCGCCGAGGGCCUCACGUGGGCGCUCGACGAGAACGUCUUCCAUGUGCUGGUCCAGCUCACCGCGGCCGACCAGCCGCCCGGCGCACUGGCCGAGACGGUGCAGUUCUUCUCGCGCCUCUGCGGCGAGCUGCCGGCCGCGUUCCUUGCCUCGCCGCGCCUGCACGCGCCGCUGGCCCGCCUGAUCCGCAUCUGCACCGGCGAUGCGCAGCGCGGCCCGCGGCGCGAGGACACGCAGUCCGACGAGAGCAGCUCAAGCGACGACGAGGAGAGCGCGCCCGUCGCAGUCAAGGCGGGCAGCGCCGAAGAGCGGGCACUGGUGGAGCUGCUGUGCAAGGUCGCGAGUCGCCUGCGCAACACGCCCGAGCUGCUGCCGGUCUUCUUUCGCGAGAAGCGCGCGGCGCCUUCCUCGGCGAGGGCAGACGCUGCGGUGCCGGCGCGGCCGGCGAGUCCGGCUGAGAGCACCGCCAGCGCAGAGACUGUACGUGCCACAGACGUCGCCGACGACGCCAAGGCUCCGCGCGCCUCGACGCCGCCGCCGGCACGCACGGGCUACGACUUUGCUCUGCUCUCGAACCUGCUGCGCUACGCCCAUCGCGAGGAGCAGACCGGCGAGCUUGCCCGCUCCGGCCUCUUCUUCCUCUUCUCGCGCGCAUUUGCACCGACGCACAACCUGCGGCGGCGACGUGUUAACCCCAACGCCGAGCGUGUCGAGGCGGAGGACGAGUCAGAAGCGGUGCUCGGCCGGGCCCUGGCUGCGUACAUUCUGGAGGGAGACUUUGCCGAUGUGCUGGGCGCCGGCCUCGGCGCGGUGUACGGCCUGCUGCCGCCUCGCAUCUGCAUCAAGGAGCCCGGGCCCGGCGGCGAGCAGAGCGACGCCGGCUCGAGCAUGCUCGGCGCCGAGAUGAGCCUGGGACUGGGCCUGGGCAGCGACGAGCAGAUGCGUGACGCCAAUCGCGUGCGCGACGGCGACCUCGUCGAGUCGACAUCGCCAGAGGUGCAGACGCACCUGCGCACGCUCACCGAGCUGCUCGGCUUUGUGCAGCACAUUCUGCGCACUGCGCACGCUGCGUCAUUGGGUGCAGAUGCCGAGCUGGCACGCACGGCACGGGCACUCAAGACACGGCUGGCCGACGCGGUGCGCAAGAGCUUCCUGUGCAACCUGCUCAGCCCGACACUGCUCGAGUGCACCGACGCUGACGGCAGCGCAGUGGCGGUCCUGAGCUAUCUCGAUGUGCUGCUGAACGCCAUCGACGACGACGGCCCGCUCGCAGACCUCAUCAUCGGCUGGCUUGUCGGCGACAGCGACGCCGAGGGCUCCACCGGACGCCUGGCAGACAACGUGCUGACGCUCGGCGGCUCCGCGACUGCGCGGCGGCGGGCACGACGCAAGAGCUAUGCGCUGGACGGCCACGGCCGGCGCGGGAGCACCAUGUCCACCGGCGCAGCGAGCGGCGACGACCGCUACGAUCUGCGCGACUUCAUCGUCGAUAACCUCUCUGCGGACAAGCGCGCCGCCACGACGGCAGCGGCGCUCAGACUGACCUCGACGCUGCUCUCUCGCCACGGCCGCUUCACCAUAGAGGGCUUCCUCUCGGCCGAGCCGGAUGACCACGCCACUGCGUUCCCCUUUCCCUUCCCCGAGGCACUACCGGAGGACGAUCUCGACGACGAUUCCUCGGACGUGGAGCUCGCAGCGACGCCGCGGCCCGGCCUGAGCAUCGCGCAGCACAUGCACGAGCUCGACAUCUUUCUGUCGCUCGCGUCGGUCAUCGAACACGGCUCAGGGAGUGCGGCGUCGUCGAAGCGCACCGCCUGGACGCACAGCUACUCGCAAUACCUUCAAGACGCAGAGGACGCUCUUGUCCGCGAGAGCACGUACAUCGACGGCGUUCGCGCAUUCGAGGCUGCGAGCGCGAAGCGCAGCCCUGCGGGCGUCUCCGAACCCUUACGCCUGCGCGCCAGCUCUCUCUCCACGAGCGAGCCGCCGUCGCCGUGGCAGGAGAUCUCGGACCUUCAGGCAGAGGCUGCCACCUCUGCGCCCUUCCCGCACCGUCUUGCGCCGCCCGACCGGGUGCUGCAGGCACUGCUGCACGUGCUCUCUCGUUUCUUCCAGCACACGCCCGCCGUCAACGUGGCGCUGACCGGCGUGCUGGCCAGCCUCGCGCUGUGCCCGUAUCGCAGCCUCGAGGGCUGGCUCGUCUUCGAACGCGGCGUCGAGCUGGGCCCGGACGCAGAGGCCCAGGGCGACGCUGCACGCCCGCCGACAGGCGCCUCGAUGACGCGCAGCACUUCGGGCACGUCGAGCCGCUCCGACGGCGACUCCGACGACGACUCGUCCGGCGACGAGGAGGAGCACGAGCUGGCGCAGCUGGCCUCGUUCUGGGGCCGCGGCACCGACUGGACCUCGCGGCAGGAGCGUGUCGACUCGAGCGCGCCCGCAGCCGGCAAGCGCUCGGCACCUGUGGUGCUCGCCCUGCUGCGCUCACUCGUGUCGCAGGUGUCCUACUACCGCGCCACGGUGCCCGGCUUCGACGCGCUGCUCGCCGAGCGCCGGCGCGGCCUGACCUACGUCGACAAUCUCAGCGACGCCAUCGCGCCUGACUCGCUGACCGCCGGCCUGGACGGCCUGUCCGAGAAGAGCGAGGCGAUGCCGAGCGCCAGCGUGCCGGCGGGCCUGCGUGACGAGCGCAGGCUGUGGGAGAGUCUCGGCGUGCAGCUCGAGAAGGAGGAGCUCUCGAACACGUCGCUGCCGCUGCCGCCCAGCGCCACGGCCUCGGUCGGCCAGCGCGACGCUCCGCGCACGCCCGGCAGCGAGACGGAGGCCGAGCCGGAGCUGCUGAACCCCAAGCGCGCCAGUGGCUUUGCACGCUGGUUCGGCGGACGCAUCAACCUGGCGGCCGCUGCGGCGGCUGCGGCUGCCGCCUCAGCCACGGGCGCGCCCAGCUCGCCAAACCUCUCUGCGCGGGCGCCCUCGCCCGCUGCGGCGCCCGUGAUGCCCUUUGCGCAGCACUACACGCACACUGCCGGCGUACUCCUCGAGGCGCGCGCGGCCCGCUAUCCGCAGGGCUCGUGGGGCGAUGCGCUCAAGAGUCCCGCGGCGUCGCCCGCCACGAGUGCGCUCUCGGGCUCGGGCAAGCGCACGCGCUUUGCGCAGGAGGGCACCCACGACGGCGGGCGCUUCGUGCUGCCGGGCGUCGACGAGGCGGCGGGCGAGAGCAGCCUGCCGCGCAAGGCGCAGAGCCUCUCGUGUCUGCUCGACAACGUCGUCAUCCUUGAGGAGUGCAUCAAGGAGCUCGUGGCCAUCAUCCAGGUGCGCCGCGGCGCCGGCAUCGAUGCGCUGCGCCUCACGGCGUGACGCGACGGCGACGACGACUGCAAACGAUAUACCAUUUUACGUCUCGCAAGCGCGGCGCAGCUGUGGCAGGGCGGGGCAUGCGCAAUCAGAGCGCAGGCCUGAC